AUGGCCUUUUACUUUGCGUUAUUGAACGUUUCGAAAAAAGACACGGACAAUCGGGAACGCAGUUCGCAUCAACAUCGCCGACAUCGCCGACAUUCGAUUGCGUCCGUCGAAUCGCCGCUUCUCGAUUAUCGUCUUCUGCCAAGGUUACUGUAGUUGUUACAAUCAUUUUUGCUCACUUAUUUCCAAUAUUAUCAACUCGCUGAAACGGUAGAAAAAUGUGAAAAAGUUACGCCAUUUUUUCACAUUUUUCAAAAAAUCAUAACUUUUUUCAAAAAAAUGCUACAGACUCCAACGAGCGCUUAAAAUGACGGUAAUUAUCUGGAGAAUACGGGAAAAAUAUAAUUUCCAGACCUCAAUUGCUCUCGGACGACGUGGUCAUCACGAAUGAGCUGGCCCACCAAUUCGAGCAGUCGUCCAGCCAAAUCCCGGCUUCCACGCUUUCCAGAAGGUGUCGUGGAAGUGCGCGGGCGUCGAAAUGGGUCCACGAGAACCAUUCGAGACCGCCCGAUCAACCGGGACCGUCGAGAAGCCAAAAUGCGGGCGCGGCGCCGUUGAGCCGAAGUAAACGGAUGGCUUUCGGGCAAAAAGAGCAUAAAGAGCCGGAGCCGGAACGGAAAAAAGUGGGAAAAGCGGCAAAAAAAGGAGGUGGAGAGGAGGAGACGAAUACGAAGAAGACGGACCGGAACCAUUCGGAUGGGUGAGUUGAACCCGGAGUUUCACUAGAAAUUGCAGCCGUUUUUCUGUAAAUAUCCGAAAUCCUCGUUGUGUUUUUCAGAAGAAAAGAGCAAAAACCACUGAAAAAAGAGCCAGCAGCUGAAGGAAUCGUUGAGAGGGAAAAAGAAAAAGAGGCGGCGAAGAAGACGAGGCAAAGACAGCCCAGUUUGGUAUGGUUCAACUUUGAACGAGUAUUGUAGACUUCUAAAUUGUCCUAUCAGCCUGGAAAUUUGUUUGUGAAAUCUCGACGUCUAGUAGAGCAUUUUUGUAGUUGACACUUUUUUUGUACGCCCACGCGUUGGGUUACUGUAGCUCUUUGAAGUUGGCAUAGACGAUUUGCAGUCCUAACUUCAAAGAGCUACAGUAAUCCAGGGAGUGAGCGUAUCAAAAAAGUGUCAACUACAAAGACGUAGUACUAGAUGUCAAGAUUGUGUACAAAAAUUUUCAGGACCAUAGAACGUCUCAAAACUCUACAAUAUCCAUUUGAAAAUCGAUAAUUUUCACUCUCAGAUCCCAGUCUACAAAAACAGCCGGGACAAAAGUCAUCUGCACCCACCGUACCCGUUAAAAAUGCCCCAUUCGCUCUCAAAUCCAACCCCUUCUUUUUCUUCUUCUGCGGGGACGUUGGUCGCUCGGGACCGUCCGUUUUUCCCGUUACCCUCUACUUCGGGACCGUGUUCGUCACGGAUCGGCUUGAGAUUGGCCUCUUCCAGUUCGUCGGCAGUUUCUGGAGCUUCUGGAGCUCAAAAACCCGCUGGUUAGUGCAAUUGUGAGCGAAAAAUUGCAAAAAAAAGCAAGGUUUUUAGAGGUUCCAAAACCUCGAACAUUUCAAAUAAUGGUCGGAAGCGCCACGGACGAAAGUGGGCGGAGCUCGAGCCAAAUGAGCAAUGAGAGCACAACUCCACGAAGAGACGACAGUCCCGCAUCGUCUUGUGACGAAAAAGUGCUCGAGGACACGAAAAACGAGACAGAAACACAAGAAAAAGAGAAGGAAGUUGUGAUGAAGGUAGGUCACUCAACUUUAAACCGAUAUUGUAGAGUUCUAAGACAUCCCUCGGCUCUAGAAAAGUUUUGUACGUAUUCUUGACAUUUAGUAGUACAAUUUUCCAGUUGACCCUUUUUCUCUACGCCCACUCCCCGGGCUACUGUAGCUCUUCAAACGUUUGUCAGACAGAACACCCAAAAGCUUGUUCAAACUUCAAACGCUUAGAGUAGCCCAGAGCGUGGACGUAGAAAAAAGGUGUCAACUGAAAAGUUGUAGUACUAGAUGUCAAGAUGACGUGCAAAAAUUUGUGGAGGCCCAGUGCGUCUUAGAACUCUACAAUAUCCGUGUUUCCUCCACAGCUCUCCUCCAUUUCAAUGUCCUCCCGAUCCAGCGAGCCUCGACUCAAAAAAGUGACCUUUGAAAGUUCGCCCUACGUCAUUUCCAACUCUUUUUUAGGUAAGUAAUAUUAGUUUUGCAUUAGAACUAGCUAACGAAUAGAAAAAAAUUGAUAAUACCACAAUAUUUGUGCACAUUUUGAAACUGACAGUGUCGCAGAAAACUAUAACGUUUAUUAAAAGCGUUAUAUCUCAACUGCCAGUAGAGAUAUCAAAAAGAUGUCAACUAGUAAAACAUUCAGUAUACAAUUUUGUACAUUUUACCAGUUGACACCUUUUUGAUAUCUCCAUCGGCAGCUGAGAUACAGCCGGUUUGUUUGAAGGCCGCGGCGGAAGUGGUGGUGGCGGUCGUCGAGUGAUGGUGGUUCGGCGCGGCAGCGGAACGGAAAUUCGGCGGUUUGAGGAGGCGGAAGACGAUGAUGCGGAAGAGGAGCGGAAAGAGGCGCGCAGGGCGCUCACCGACAAUCACAACAAUCAGGCGAUCGAGAGGGGAACGAGGUGAGUAAGGGCCGGAAGGUUUCUAGGCCACGGCCACCACUUUUGACAGUAACUUGAAGCGGUUCUGGAAGAGAAAGGGGUGGAAAAUUGUAGAAAAAAGUGAAGUUUCCUUCCAGAUCAAUCCUGCGUCGAGGUCUGAUUCGUCGCCGCAGCACUUCCGACAAAACGCGUCUGCUGGCCUACAGAAACACCGGAUUCCUGUCCUCGUCCCAAGAGAGACAAUCUGGUAGACACCGUGUGGUUUCAGCUCACCCAAAAACACACAUUUACUGCAGAUUCGUCGACUCCGCCCGCAAGAAUGACCGUUUCAGUUGAUCGCCUUAAAUACAAAUAA